ACGCUAGCACACUGGGAUCCGUUACGACUCCUAUCUAAUAUUAGCAUUGCUACCGCCGCGCUCUUGUUCAUUUUUGCACUUCGAUUUGUCAUAAGAUAUAAGAGGAAAGUCAUUUGACAAGAUGGCUAGCGGACUUAGUGGACUAGGAAAACUCCCUUCUGUAACACCUAAACCAGGGAAAGGGGCGAAGUCACGUGCAUUUAGCAAAAGUGUUAGGACGGACAUGUCAGCCAACAAGCAUCCGGCGUCUGCUCAACUCGGAGUGGAGGUUACACUCGAACCGCUCUAUAAUGGGAACGACGCAAUGGCUCGUCCGCCGCCUCCACCGCCAUUAACACGUCCAAUACUAUCAACAAAAGUAGUGUCGUUUGCGGAACGACGCGUGCAUAUAGCAUUAUUAACAACGGGAGACCUAGACAACAACUUCUUCAGCCAACCGAACCCGGACUACACUUCUUCAUCUUCUUCUUCGGCCCUGAGACAGCCCAUUAAUUCACCUGCUACGCCGAGGAGGAGGUCUUAUACGAAAACGUUGCCUCUCGGACCACCUCAACCGGUGCCGGGGCUGGAGGAAGAUGGAAGCGUGACUUCGUCCUCGCCGAGUUCUUUCCCUUCGUUAACUCCAACCCUACCACUUACGCCGCAUAAGUCCUUUCGUACUCACGGGAUUAAUGUCAAAGGAGAAAUCAUAUCUGUUUUAAACAACGCAGGGGCAGGUUGGAAACGGCACAUCCGCGUCUACGGAGGAGGCGUUUGCCUCGCCUGUACGGCAUUGGAAGGCAAAGGCGAGUUCUACGGCCAUAAAGUGCGGCCCGAGGAGCAAAGAUAGCUUUAAGAUCACAGUUUGCUAUCAGACACGGAAGAUGAUAAUGGACAUGACGAACCGAUCGAGAAAUGUCGUUCAUAUAACAUUGGAGUCUUUGCAUUGAUUGCGUUCCUGCAUUUUGUAGCAUUUAUCGGUCAGAUUUUUUGGUUGAACCUCGCCUGUACAGCUUCAGGGCAACGAGGUACCUGUCAUUAGUGGCUGUGUCUGCUCGUCUUAGCAUACUGGAUAGACGAUGCUUUCCAAAUCCCCGGGAGUCUAAGCAAAGGCCGAGGCCGUGGAUGAUACAAAUACUAGAUGGUCAUAACACUCACCUCACAGCCCGCUUCAUGCUUACAUCCUCUGGAUAAGAAUUGCCUUGGUAUACGUGCCACCCAUACUAGCGAAGCUUUACA